AUGUCUGGCUGUAUGGGCCAUGUCCGAGAACAAAAGCCUACCUUCAAUGAGGCCAAUAAUGAUAUGCGAAUUGACACAGAAUCCCAACAGAAACCUCGUCGGCUACGCAGUAGUUAUCAUUUCCUCCGAUACACCGCUCUCAAUGUUUACCGACGACUUUUCUCCAUUGUUUUUGUCGCCAAUUUAGCCGUAUUCAUUGCAAUUAUGAUCAUGGACCGGUCUGUCCUGGCUUUUGUCAAUGCAACAGCAGCCAAUUUGACUGCCUGUGGUCUGGCCCGCCAACCUCUCGUGGUGAACUCGAUCUACCGAGUGGUUUGCUCUGUGCCUCGAUCUGCUCCGCUAUGGAUUCGUCGGGUAGCCGCAAAGGCCUUCCAUUUCGGUGGCGUGCAUAGCGGCUGCGGCGUUGCAUCACUCCUCUGGUACAUCGGACUGGUUGUCUUGGUUUCUCUCCAGUACUGGGUCCCAGUCGAGAAAACAGGAGAGGCACUAGUCACACUGCCAACCGCAGUAGUGGUGCUAGCCUAUAUCAUCCUAAUACUUUUGUUGUCGAUUGUCGUGGUUGCAUACCCAGUUUUUCGAUUCCACCAUCACGACUAUUUUGAGUUAACUCACCGCUUCUUGGGAUGGACCGUGAUUCUACUGUUCCUGGCUCUACUACUGGUGUUUUCCGACAACGCGCGGCGCCUGUCCGGAAACCUAAGCCUCGGACAAUAUCUCGUUCGCCUCCCCGCCUUUUGGCUACUUUUUGUUGUUAUCGCAGCCAUCAUUCACCCAUACUUGCUACUCCGGAAAGUACGGGUUCGGCCUGAGUUGCUGUCAAACCACGCGAUCAGGCUGCAUAUGGAUCACACAACUACAUCGUUUGGAAAAGGAAUCCAGCUAUCCAAGCAUCCGCUGCGGGAUUGGCAUUCCUUUGCAACCUUCCCAGACAGCCCAGCGGGUGACUCAUUUUCCAGUCUUGUGUCCAAGGCAGGUGACUGGACGUCAGACACCAUUGUCAAUCCGCCGACUCACUUGUGGAAGCGCGGGGUUCUGCUUCAUGGCUUCGCGUACGUUAUGGGCAUGUUCAACCGCAUCAUUGUCGUUACGACGGGCUCCGGUAUUGGACCUUGUCUCUCGUUCCUUGGCGAUAGCAACCGGCCAGCCAUGCGCGUCCUGUGGCAAACGAGAUCCCCGUUCGAGACGUAUGGACAGGGCAUCAUGGACUUGGUCAAAGAAAUGGAUCCCGAUCCGCUAGUCAUGGAUACCAAUAAAACAGGGCGCGUCGAUAUGGUCUCUGUCGUCGAGCAGCUCAUGCAUGAGUUCCGUGCCGAGGCCGUGUGCGUGAUUAGCAAUCCCAGGCUAACCAAGAAGCUGGUCUUUGAGCUCGAGACACGCGGUGUGGUGGCGAUGGGACCCAUUUUUGAUUCGUAG